AUGGGAAUGCUAAGUUUCAAACACCUCUUCUUUGGGAGUUCCAGUGAGCUCUAUGGAGCAUCUCAGACAGUGUUGGUCUACCUUUUGAUUCCAUGUUGCUUGACACAGGAUUUCAGGGCACCUCCUCUUAUCCCAAAUAAUCCUUUCCUGUGGGCUUGGAAUGCCCCAACGGAAUUGUGUGUCGGAAAGUUUAAUGAGCCACUAGACUUGAAACUCUUCUCUUUCACGGGAAGCCCUCGAAAAACAGCCAUAGGACAAAGUGUUACAAUAUUUUAUAGUAAUAGACUUGGCUACUAUCCUUACAUAGAUAGUGCACAUAAUAGUGUCAAUGGAGGAAUUCCCCAGCUGGGGUCUUUACAAGACCAUUUGACGAAAGCUAACGGAGACAUUUUGUAUUACAUGCCAACAGACAAAAUGGGCCUGGCUGUCAUUGACUGGGAAGAGUGGAGACCCAUUUGGGAAAGAAACUGGGCACCUAAGAAUAUUUACAAAAACAAGUCCAUCGAGUUGGUUCAGCAGCGCAAUAUAGACCUUAACCUAACAGAAGCCACCGAGAUAGCCAAGGAAGAAUUUGAAGAGGCAGGGAAGAAAUUCAUGCUAGAGACGUUGAGAUUGGGAAAAUUACUUCGGCCGAACCGCUUGUGGGGUUUCUAUCUUUUUCCAGACUGUUACAAUCAUAACCCUCAAAAACCCAAUUACAGUGGACAUUGCCCUGAUAUAGAAAAGAAAAGAAAUGAUGCCCUCCACUGGUUGUGGGAAGAAAGCACAGCCCUCUUUCCAUCCGUUUAUUUGAGAAGCGAAUUAGAGGCAUCACCGAAAGCUGUCCUCUAUGUCCGCAAUCGCGUUCAAGAAGCCAUUAGGGUUUCUAAGGUGCGGGACGCUAGAAGUCCACUUCCGAUUUUUGUCUAUGCUCGCCUAGUUUUUAGUGAUCUAACUUUACAAUACCUUUCUCAGGAGGACCUUGUGAAUACAAUUGGUGAAACGGUUGCUCUGGGUGCAUCUGGAAUGGUUAUAUGGGGCACCCUUAGUUUAGCACGAAAUAUGAAAUCUUGUCUGAACUUACACACUUACUUGGAGACUACAUUGAAUCCUUACUUAAUCAAUGUCACCCUAGCAGCCAAAAUGUGUGGUCAAGUACUAUGCCAGGAUCAAGGCGUGUGUACAAGGAAACACUGGAAUUCGAGCGAUUAUCUUCACUUAAACCCAUUGAAUUUUGAAAUUCAAACUCCACAAGUUGGACAGUAUAUAGUACAUGGGAAGCCAACACUUCAUGACCUGCAUCAUUUCUCCAGGAAAUUUAAGUGCAGCUGUUUUGCAAACUUGAAUUGCAAGCAGAGAGCUGAUAUAGAAAAUGUUCAUGCUAUUAAUGUGUGUGCUAUUGAUGGAGUUUGCAUAGAUGCCUUUGUCAAAAAGCCAUCCCAACCUCAGUUUGUCACUUUGGUAGCAGGGAAUUAUUCCACUUACACCAAUAACUCAUCUGCCCAGUCAUGUGCCACAAUAUCUCGUCAUAUUCCUUGGAAAGAUCUCAGUGGGUGCCUCUUAGUUAUAUAUCUGCAUUUGAAAUAUUUGAUAUAG